AUGUCGGUCUCGAAGAAUAAGUCAAAGGCAGAUGAAAGUCAUUUAACAAGUUUUUAUAAGACACCGAAAGAGUUAAUCCAUACGAGAUUGUCGUUUCAAUUGAUACCAAAGAUAAGGGAAAAUGUGACCAAAAUCUAUGCAAACAAUAAGAGUAUCGCCGAUGAGUGCGAUAUAAAUCGGAUUCUUUCGGACGACUGGUCUGUUCAGAGGUUUGCCGACUAUUACCACAACGAUGUCGAGGAAGCGACUCAACACCUCAUCGCGACUCUCAAGUGGAGAAAGUCUUUCGGCGUUAAUAAGAGAUCAUUAGAUAAAGACAUCGGCAAAGAGUUCUUCACAAUCGGCGCACUCUUUGUCUACGAAGAGGACAAGAAUGGCAUUCCUUUGCUGAUCCUAAGAGGCAAAUGUAACCGAAAAGUAACAGAAUUGCGAGAACUCAUUGAAAUGUUUAUAAUCGGAACUAUUGAACAAUUGGACACAAGAGUCGGCAAAACGGGAUUUAUUUUGGUCCUCGACUGCAGUGAUUGCGGUCUCAAUAACUUAAGUAUGGAUUUAAUGAAAUUUAUUAUCACAAGUCUUACGGUUUACUAUCCGUUGGGCAUUCAAUACAUACUGGUAUAUAACAUGCCGUGGCUUAUGAGGGGUAUAUGGAAACUGAUUAAGGUAUGGCUCGGAGAGUACCGACACUUUGUCCACUUUGCAAACGGGGAUGAGAUCACUAAAUACGUGGACAUCGAGUCGUUGCCUAAAUAUAUGGGCGGAAAGUGUAGCAAAUUGUUUACCGAAGCGCCCGAUAAUUGUCCCACAGUUUACGAUUUGGCCGAAAAGUAUGGUUUCACUCAAACAGAGGUCCGAAAGUAUAUGAAAAUAUACGACGACUUGUUAGAAGAGGCCAAACAUUAUUGA